CUCAUGGCUCGGAGGAGGGCUGCCGGCGGCUGCUGCUGCCACAGAACACCCAUGAACGAAGACAACGCUCGUUUCUGCCUGCUGGCCGGCCUCAUCCUUCUCUACUUGCUGUGUGGUGCUGCCAUCUUCUCGGCACUGGAACACCCCUCCGAGCUCCGGGCCCGCCUCCUCUGGAAGCAGCGGCUGAACAACUUCACCAGGCGGUACAGGGUCAACCUGGGCGCCCUGCACACCCUGCUGCGGCAGUACGAGGAGGCGAACGGAGCGGGGAUCAGAGUGGACGCGUUGAGGCCACGUUGGGACUUUUCUGGAGCUUUCUACUUCGUGGGGACUGUGGUUUCUACUAUUGGUUUUGGCAUGACCACACCAGCAACUAUAGCAGGGAAAACCUUUCUAAUCUUCUAUGGUCUCAUUGGCUGUGCUGCCACCAUCCUCUUCUUUAACCUCUUCCUGGAAAGGAUCAUCACAAUGCUAGCUUACAUCAUGCGCUGGUGCCACGAGCGUCGGCUGAGAUGUGGUGGAGUGAGGGCGACGUCCAGCAGAGAGGAGCCAUCUGGGGAGGAGGACAGCCUGGAAGGCUGGAAACCAUCAGUCUAUUAUGUGAUGUUGAUCUUAGGAGUGGCAUCUGUUGUGAUUGCAUGCAGCGCCUCCACCCUGUACAGCUCCAUGGAGAACUGGAGCUAUGUGGACUCUCUAUACUUCUGCUUCGUGGCCUUCAGCACCAUCGGUUUUGGGGACCUGGUGAGCAGCCAACGAGAUCAGUAUGAAUCUCAAGGGGCCUACCGGUUCGGGAACUGUCUUUUUAUCCUCAUGGGAGUGUGCUGCAUCUACUCACUUUUUAAUGUCAUUUCUAUUGUCAUCAAGCAAACUCUUAACUGGAUCCUGGGUAAGCUGGUCUGCUCGAAGCAACAUCAGCUCUGUUCCUGCUCCAAAUCAGGCUGCUGGUGGCUCUGCUGCCCCUGCCUUCAGAGCAAGAGCCACAACCAGAGGCGUCUGACUACAUUCCUGAGGCCAAAACGUAUGAAACGCAAUGCGGUGCAGCCUAUUUCAUCCCACUGCCCUACAGGCAGACACCGGUACACAGGCGGCUCCGUGGAGACCGUGUGUGACAGUGAGACAGAUGCUGGGGCGGCAGCUGAAGUGUACGAUGGCCGCCGUCUGUCAGAAGAGUUGAUCUCUGUCAAUGAGUUAAUGGUCUCCAAUAAGGUGUCUCUGGCUCUGCUGCAGAAGCAGCUGAGUGAAACGGCCCACCAGGGCCCACGACAGAGCUAUGGACAUCAGAACGGUUUCUCUGGUGGGGUGGGGGCCUUGGCUAUUAUGAACAAUCGUCUACAAGAAACCAGUGUGGAUAGAUAG